CUGGUGCCAUGAUCUGAGUCCAGGCAAAGAGAUAUCUGGGAAGAAGUAACGGAAACCUUUGCUGAACUCCAGAUUCAUCGCCAUGAAAAACCUAUAUAAUCAUCCAGCAAGGUCCUAUCGGAGACAAUCGAUCUCAAGUGCUCAUAACUAUCCUUUGGUCGCAUCUAUCCUCGAGAAUGUUCAGCUCAAUCCUUCCCGGUACCGCUACUCCUAACUCCGGUCGCUCAGCCUCUCCCCCUCACGGGAUGGCCUCCGAACAGAGUCGUCCGCCGCACCCUGCACCCACACCCCGUCGGCGUCGCAUUGUGGUUGCAAUGACGGGCGCUACGGGAGCGUUGCUCGGAAUCAAAGUGUUGAUUGCUCUGCGACGCCUAAAUGUGGAAACUCACUUGGUUCUGAGUAAAUGGGCCGAAGCCACAGUCAAAUACGAGACCGAUUACCAUCCAUCGAACGUGAAGGCUCUAGCCGACCACGUAUACAAUAUCAAUGACAUGGCGGCACCGAUAUCGAGCGGAUCCUUCCGGGCGGACGGGAUGAUUGUUGUACCUUGCAGCAUGAAAACUUUGGCAGCUAUUCAUUCAGGAUUUUGUGACGAUUUGAUCUCUCGCACGGCGGAUGUGAUGCUCAAGGAGCGACGGCGAUUAGUUUUAGUGGCGCGUGAGACGCCACUAAGCGAGAUUCACCUGCGAAACAUGCUCGAGGUGACACGCGCCGGAGCGGUUAUCUUCCCGCCCGUCCCAGCCUUCUACAUCAAAGCAGCAGGUAUUGAUGAAUUAAUCGACCAGAGUGUCGGACGGAUGUUGGAUUUAUUCAAUCUGGACACUGGAGAAUUUGAGCGAUGGAACGGAUGGGAAAAGUGAUGGGAUUGUGGUCGGUCGCAUUUGGGUUCUUUUCUAGGCGCACCUCUUUUUGAGCGUCAUUAGGUUUGAUUUCAGGGGCGUGAUCUGUUCUACGAUUAGACUUUGGCUGGAUGACACACCUAUUUUUGGGACUUGUUGGCUUUCUAGAAUCGACGAACCGCGGAUGAACUCCACUAUCUACUAUCAUGAACCUUGAUUUUCACGUGUUUCUACUCUUCGGUUGGAUCGCUCGGAGUCCCAAACAACCAAUU